CCACAAGGGCUUGUGUGUAAAAGCCUCAGCUGAGCGGCUUUGAGCUCACUCGUCGCCAGGGGGUUACUGAGAGCAUGGAUUAGCUGCUGCCUCGCUCUGCGCUGGGCUGCGACCAUCUCCCACGAGUAACCCCCGUACCCCGCCCCGGUAUGAGCUGGAUCUCUAGGGCUCGAGGAUGGGGAGCUGGGCCCUGAAGGUGGCUGGGGGCUUUCUGGCUGCACUGCUGCUGACCGGCAGCGGGUUCCCGUUGCUGGGCACCCUGAAGCCACGAGCGGCCAGGACUGGCAGCGAGCCCAGGCGGGCGAGGAGCCCGGCGGACUCUGCACUGGGGCUGCACCAUCACCAGCGGCACCAGAGACACGUUGCUAGAAACAACUGUGCACCUGAUGACCCCGCAGCCUUGCCAAAGCACUGCUGCCAGAAGUGCCCGGCAGGGCAGUUUAUGACGGCUCCCUGCACAAGCCGUGGCAACGACACGACCUGCGAGCGCUGCCCGCCCGGCACCUACCUCUCCUUGGAGAACCUCGAACGGGAAUGUCGAAAGUGCUCCGAGUGCCACGCGCCAGCUUCCCAGCUCGUGCUGAAGAACUGCACCGAGACCAGCAACAUUGAGUGCGGCUGUGGGGCCGGCUACUUCAGGCAGUGCACGGACUCUGUCUGCAGCGACUUCACCUGCCAGGAGUGUCGCCGGUGCAAGGGCAGGGACACCCGUCAAACCUGUUCAGAGAAGGAGGAUGCCCAGUGUGGGGACUGCCAGCCUGGCUUCUACCUGGAGGGCAGCGAGUGCCGAGCAUGUGCCACCCAGAGCCCCGAGAAGUGCGGCGAAGGGUGCGGCAGGCCAUGUGGUGGCAGCAGCCAAGGCUCUGGGCUGCAGUACAUCCUGCUGGGCCUCAUGGGGCCCCUCUUCCUGGGAGCGCUCGUCAUCUACCACAAGAGGAGGACGCUCAGUAACGAUUCCCCAGCAGCCGGUGAGGCCGCAGCAGUGAAAGACUCGACGCUGCAGCAGGCCUCAGCGUGUCCAUCUGGCGCCGCAGAAAAGCCCCUGGAGUCGCAGGGUUUGCUCCAGCUUCAGCUCAUGGAGGCAUCACAAAUGAACGGCAACGCCUGUCCAGUCAGGCCCCUUGGCGGCCAGGACACCUGGGCGUCGCCCACGGAGCCCCAGGACACAGCAAGUAAGCCACGCACUGCAGAAAGGUGCCUUGGGCCACGGCACAUCCGGCCACCCUGGCUGCUUGCCACCAUCCCAGCCCCCCACCCCGGGCACGGGGGCUGGCACAGGCACAUCAGACAGCUCAGCACUGGCGCCCCCUCAGCCCCUCCCUCUCUGCAGGCUGCUUUGCUCCUGGCUGACGCUCUGUUUCGCUGUCCGGCAGGGCCCCUCCCGGGCGUUCUCCCGCAGGGCAGCAAGCUGUACGACAUCAUCAACACGGUGCCCGUGCGGCGCUGGAAGGAGUUCAUGCGGGUGCUGGAGCUGCACGACGGCGAGAUCGAGGUGGUGGAGCUGGAGUUCGCCCAUGUCCGGGACCAGCAGUACGAGAUGCUGAAGAGGUGGUACCAGCAGAAGAACGCCACGCUGGACUCCAUCUUCUCGGCCCUGGAGCGCAUGGAGCUGGCCGGCUGCGCGGAGGAGCUGAGGCAGCGGCUGCAGAGGUGCCCAUGAGCCCGCCCAGCAGCGAGCGGCUGGCGCUGCUAGCCAGGGCUGGCUUCCCCGGCUCCCCUCUACGGGCUCUGACUUGGGAUGGGAAGGAGAAGGCCUCUCCCAGGCCAGCGGAGCCAGCCCUGCUGUCGCUGGGGGCAGGGCCUGCCAUGGCCUGGUGCUUGCAGGAGCCCUGUGAGCAGAUGUGGCUGCUGCUCUACAACCAGGAAGCUGCAUCCCUGGACCCUAGUGAGGGAGGGCAGAUCUAUGAGCGCCCUGAGCCAUGCUGUGCCGGGGCCAGCGAAGGCGCACGCCGCUCCUCUGCACAAUGGCGGCACUGGGUCGAGAGGUGACACACAGCAGGCGUCACCGCUCCCUCCCCUUCAAGGAAAGCCUGCAAGUGCCGCCUGGCUUCACAUCUCAGCCUGCGAGGAGCCGGGUGUGCGGAUGGCAGCGGUCACCCUGCAAAGGACAGCAGGGGAAGCAAUGCACCCCCGGAGCACCAGACCAAGGCAGGCAGAGGGACUGUCUCAGCAUCAUUGUCUCUAUGCUGCUGCUGAGUCACGCGUCCCUCGCCCGGCCCUCAGCCCCAGCUGGACUCCAUUUCCAAAUGGGCCUCUCCAGGGGCACAGACGCUGCCAGGGCUGGGGGGCAGAACCCCCGCCCCACAGGACGCAGGCCCUGGAGAGCCCUCUGCGCCUUCCCCAGCUGUGCCCAGUGGCAGGAUGCAACAGGCACCUCUCCCACAACCCCAGCUUUCCCUCUGAAGGGGGAAUCGGGGGCCUGAUGGAAAGGCCCCCCCCAUCCUGCUAGGUUUACAAAUCAAACCCUGCUCAGCCGGCUCCAGGCGCAGGGCAUGGAGCGCCCCCAGCUGGUUUGCAUUAAGCAGCCGUAGCUCGACUGAGCACCCCGGAGCAGCGCAGGGCCGGGGCUGGAGCACCUGCCGGCAGCUUAGUGCUAACUCUCACAGCUGGGCAGCUUCCUAGAGCCCCUUGGCUAAGGAAGGGAGCGUGUCUCCUGGCGAGUCAGGGCACCAGGCAGUCCCCUGGGCCCUGCCACUGAGUCGGGGCAGGACCCUGGGCCAGUCAGCUCACCGCUCUGGCCCCAUUUCCCCGUGCGGGAUGCUGCUAACCUGGGUCGGGCAGCGGGAGCUCACUGAGCCCCGGGGCGGGAGGCGCUGCCGCAAAGGGCUGGUUCUAGUGUCAGUGUCCAGGCUCCCCCGGAGGAGGGGGCUCAGGACCGAGCCAGAUCAGAGUUGAGCUGGGGGGGGGCUCCUGGAGCCCCGGUGCUGAGGUGACCUCGUCCUGUGCCCAGCGCUGACCCAACAACACUAGCGCCUGAAGCAGAGGGGUGACUCCGCUAGUGCUCCCUGGGGCUCCACACUGCCCGUCCCUGGGUCCCUCGCCUGGCCCCAGCCUGCCUAGCCACCCUAAGCCACCCUGGGAGGUGACCGCUUGCCCAUCUGGGAGCCUCGCUCCAGGGCUUGCCAGCUCUGCUGAAAAAGCACUUUGGGUACGUGCCUGUGUGGCCAAACUCAGGAAGAAAAGUCUAGCUGCCCCCCCACCCCAGAAACACCACGCCUCUGGCACAGAGCCUUAAAGGGGAGGGCGGCUGGGUGGCACGGCCCAGGAGACCUGCCUUGCUGGCUAGCUACAAGAUUCACCCAUCACGUGGGAGCCUUUAAAAGCAGCCUGGCUCCAUUCCUGCCACCUGGGGCCUCUGCUGGCCCCAGGUGGGGGCAGGUUUUCCAAUCCCCUGUGGCCAGCUCAGCUGCGAAUGGCUUAGUCCAGCAGCCCCCUGGGGAGGGCUGGGGCAGCGCUGCUUGGGGCGAUGGGAGCACUGUACCAGUAAGUAUUGUUACUUAGCGUCGGUAGACAUUUUAUGUCACUUAUUUGUAUUGCUGGCUCUGUCCUGCGGUAGCAGGGGCAGACCUGUUCUGUUCUCAUGCUGCAACGGGACGGUGCCUCUUCGGAGCUGGGGGGCUCCCCCAGCUACCUGAGGAGAGGUGGCGGGUUCGUACCUUAUUUAUACCCCACGUUGCCUUGAAGAAACGGAUCAGAAUCGGUUACGUCACACCCACUGCCGCUGCUUCGUGAGCGAAAAGGGGCUCAGCCCUCCUGCUGGGAAGCCCUGCCUGGUUCUCUGCUAGGGGGAGGGUCCCUGACAACAGGUGUUUGUGGUGGGGGCAGGUGGUGCUGAGCCCCAGGGGAGUUGGAGAUGCUCAGCGUCACUGAGGUCAGACUGUUGGUGCCUCAGCUCCUAGUCUAGGGACUUCAGUGAUCCCUGGCUCAGUGUACGGAGAGGGAGGAGCAGCCAGCACCUUCCUGAGCACGUCUCUCUGCUGCAGCUGGGCCUGGGAGCACGGCGCCUGGCCGCAGGCUGUGGCUGCGUGUCGCAGGGGGCUCUGCAAUGCGCACGCAAGGAGCGGCAGCGCUGUUUCUGGGGUGACUGGG